UUUUCCAGCUCGUAAACAACAUGACCAAGACGCAACCAACCAAAAACACAUUUUACUCAUUCUGUUUUGUUUCUGCACUUGUUGGAGCUGAGUAUGCUUUAAUCAUACCUUCAUUGUGGUACUACUUGAAAAAAGUGAUUCAAACGCAACAUCCUGAUGUUUUCUAUUCGCUCACCAUCGUUUCGUUUUACGUCAUGGCGAUAACUGGUUGUAUCACUCUACCAAAGUAUGUAAAUCAAACAAAAGGCCAUCGAAAGUUAUUAUUGACACUCUGUGGAUGUGGAGUUGUUGGUAACGGCUUGUAUGCAAUUCCAAUCUCUGUAGGAUUUCCUCUACUUGGUAGAACACUUCAAGGAUUUUGCCAGGCAUCUUUACCAAUUAUGGCUGGACAGGUAACGAGAAUUUAUUCAACGCAGGGUACCAUUGAAAAGAUAACGAUUUUAAAAUUAUGCAACUUUAUUCCAUUGGUAUCUAUUCCUGCUAUACACACAAUGCUUGACCAUGUGGACUUGCAUGUUCUGGGUAUGAAAAUCAACAAUGCAAUCAUAACAUGUUUCGUUUUAUGCGUGUUAUGGAUGUUAUGUUUGCUUGUUUCCUUUUUAAAUUUGGAUGACAUUUUAGUUGAAUACAGCUGUUUUGAGGAAAACGAUCAUGAUAGUUCAUAUACCGAAACUGUGUCGGAACAAAAAAAGCAAACGGACAUGGAAAAUGGUUUCGCUGAAAAUAAUUCUAUAAUUUGUCUCGACGAGAAUUUUGUCACUUCGCAACGAUACAACGCCAAAGAAACUGCACAAUGGUCUACAAAUGAUAAACCGAAUGCCAGUGGAAAUACUAAGGCUGAAUUCAUCACUGAUAAUCGUCAGAAGGCUUUGCAUACAAUAAUGCAACUAUUCUACAAUUUUGAGCUGAAUGUUAUUAUUUUCACAAUCAUAUUAGCAAGGCUUCAAUCUUUGUAUUCAUCAGAUAUAGCAUUCUCCAAGGAUAGAAACUACAAUUUGUUGGAACCAAAAGGAAUGAGCUUAAUGCUUGGAUCAACUGGUGUAUGUUUCAUCUUAGUGUCGUCAUUUGUAAAAAAAUACGCAGUUGUCAAUGACAGUGAAAUAUAUAUCCAAAUUGCUGUCAUAAGUUUACUUGCAAGUGCACAGGCAUUUCUCAUUUCAUUGUUAAGCCACGGCACUUUCAGUUGCCCUGUUGUCGCAGCUCUAGCAAUUAUGUUAUGUUUGGCAUGGUAUGUUGAACUGGUUUCACUUAGCAUAUUCUUUGCAGAUAUCUUCCAUCCAUCAAAAGAAAGUCACGCGAAAAGCAAUGGUCACUCAAUUAGUUUGAUGCUGUGUCUUGUUAUUGGUUUUGUCCCAUCAUUUAUUUAUCAGUUCCAAUUGAUGUAUAUCACGUUCGCAACACUUGUGCUGCUUUCUUUGAUUCUUGUGGUGGUAAGACGAAAACAGAUUUGCUCCUACAUGAGACUUUAGAUUUAGCUAUAAUUUCUGAACACGUUUGUUUUGGAUGAUGUUUUUUCAUUUUUAUAAAAAUAUUUUGCACGUAUUUUAUAACAACGAGUAACGCAGAAGCAUCUACAAUCAGUAACUAAAAAUUUAUCACAAUAGUAGUUUUAGGCAGUUAAGAAAGUUGGCAAAAAUCAUCAACUCAUCAUUACUGCACAGCCGAUGCUGCGAAAGUGCAAGUUUUGUGUAUUGGUAAUUGUUCUCAACAGUGUCUAGCAACCCGUAAUUAAGGGAAUUAUCCACCUCAGGUGCCACGAAGUGUCGAUAUAUUGAAAAAGGGACAUGCUGACGGGAGCUACAUUUAGCACAGCUUAAGAGUUUGGAUUUAGUAAAUAGCCUGACCUAAGCCUGCAGUAAAGCUUCUGUGAAUAUCCCCCUGCUAAUAUCCCGCUGUCUAUAUUUCACUGUGCACAUUUUGUGACAAGUAAACUUCGACAAGUUCAAAUUUUGUCGAUCUAAUAAAGGAAUACUCGGAAUUUUUUCUUGUGGUGACUUCACAAUUUGUGGCCAUGUACCAACAUUCUUUCUUACUGAUUGUAGAGCAGCCAUUUUUUAAGUGGAAGCUAAAAAAUUGUUUACCUUUUUUACAAUAGAUUCGUAUCGCCCUUAUUUAAAUAUAAUUUCGGAAGUUUCGGCAGAAUAUUAAAUAAUUUUUUCAAAUCAAGAUUGUAAUUUCUUUGGUCGUAGAUGUGCACAUAAAACCACCAGUUGCAUAGACAAUUCUAUUGUGAAUCUAUAUUAUAAUACCCGUAUACGUCUGUCUGUCUGCCUGUCACACAAAAUCGUAGCUUAGUUUUUAUAAAUCAUAGUAUAUGACAAUCCAUUAUAUAGAGGAAUACUUUUAAAAAAAAAUGACUCUAUUUUUAAGGUUUUAUCUGCUAAAAAGGAUGCUGUCAUCGAAAUCUUCUUAAAAUGUUAAAAAACUAUCCAACGAAUUUUUUCCUUUAAUUUACAGUUAUGUUACUGAACGCACACGGCGCUUCUAAAUUGAUGACAUAAAAUCAGCGCCGAAGUCAAUUUCCUUUAAAGUACCACAGGAUAGUAUAUUAAACACGGUCCUGUUUAACCUUUAUGUAUCUGACAGAUACAUAGAGGUCAAACAUCUACUAUUUCACAGAAUCAUACCCUACAAUACGCUGAUAAUACAACUAUUUAUAUCCAUAGUACACAUGGGCACGAGAGCGGAGGCGUCUCAUUUUAUACAUUUUAUACAUUUUAUACAUUGAUAUUAUGAUACUCAUUGGUUCAAAUAGAAUUAAUUCGCUACUUGUACUGGGUUGUUUUUAUACCUGCUUAAAUACUUUGUUAGUUUGGUAACCUGUUAGUUGAGUGAAAUACAAGUAUUUUAAUUUUACUUUAAUUUUGUUUCUAUAUUUUGGAAGUUUAAAAUU